AUGGAGGACGAGGGGUGCGGUUUCGACGUAGGAGGGUUGAAAGGUGUUGACGCCGCGCACUUUAGCAACCGCAUGCGGCAAUACCUUCCUCUCCUGCAGAUUCUGGAGCGAGAUGUCCCGUCAACACAGCAAGGCAAAACGUCAGCGGUGGUGUAUGACGUACCUGUCAACCUGCUACUAGAUCGCGACAUGAAGCUAGCCUCCGAAACGGCACUCUCCGAAGCAUACCCUGCCGGAAAGCUUUUGCGCGGAGAGGAGGCCGCCAUGAACUCGUUAACCAGCGAUCAUGUCAACUGCGUACCGACCAAGCAGGUCGGCAACGUCAGGGAGACAAACAUGAACGGCACGCUAUCGAGGACGUCUCCCUUCAUGGGAAUCGAUGGAAUCAAGGGCAGCGUCUGUGGGAGAAAGGUUUUCAUUCACGAUGUCUGCAUCUGCGCAGUCGGGGGCACCCCGACAGUGUGUCGUCUACUCGAGCUUUUCUGGGAUGUUGAAAGCCGCCAAGUUGUUGCUACCGUGCGAAUGUUUCGGUCAGCUGCGGAGGUCAGACAUGUGGGAGAAACGGAAACGCGAGGAGGUCUGCUGAGAACCUGGGAAGACUGUACUGUCGGAGGCGAACUGCUGUUGGAGGUUGACGACGUGCUCGGCCUGGCGGAGAUUUAUACUGUGGACGAGAUGGACGCCGACAAGCACGACGGGGAAUGGGAUCAAGGCGCGAGGUAG